AUGGUGCAACAGACAGAUUUCAAUUAUAUUAGCAAAGAUAUCCUCGAUUCGGGACUUAGUUUGCAUGAAAAGAAGGAACUUUUAAAAAGGUUGUACGAUAACUACAACCUUCUGGUUGUACCAAAGAAACGUAAGAGAACCACUAUUAGUAAGAGUACUAAAGAAUUUUUGGAAAAAGUAUUUGAAAAGAAACAGUGGAUCACCAGGGAAGAAAGACAGAUUGUGGCAAUGGAGUGUGGUAUCACACCAUUACAAGUCAGAAUAUGGGUAUGUUGUUACUUGUAUACAUUUACUACUCAUCAUUACAUUUUACUAACAAUAUCAUAUAUAUAUAUAUAUAUAUAUAUAUUAUAA